AUGACGAGAAUUAAAAUUGUAUAUUGCAUUUUGAUAAUUUCAUUUCCGACAAUAUAUUCACAAUUAUGGGGUUCGCCAUUCAUACCACAAGUCAUUGAAACAACAACAUUUCAACCGAACUAUGAUUCAUUACCAACAGAUGAGAAAAAUAAAAAUUGUCCAAUAUAUAAUCGCCAUGAACCAUUGGUGACAUUAACAUACAAUGAAUUUAGAGAUUCGUCAAAUAAAGUAGUCCGAAUAUAUGAUGAUAUCGAACAACCUCUAUCAAUAUCAUCAUUUUUUAUAACAAGAAAUAAACGACUUAUUAAUCGGCACAGAGAAUGUGUAAACGGAAAUUAUUAUAGUGACAACUGUGAACAAUGGAACAACGAAUGUGAACAAAAAUUUAGAUUUAAUAAUUGUAUUCAAAUUGAGGAUACACCAGUUUUAUUAUAUUUAGAUAUAUCAAAUGAUCUAAGUCAAAAUAAAUUAACAGGUUGGGAUAGUUUAUUACUUGAAAAUCUAAAUUUAAAAAAAUUGAAUUUAAGUUACAAUCUAAUUGGGAAACUAGAUGAAAAUGCUCUUGCCAGUAUUGAAUUUGUCGAUAUUUCACAUAACUUUUUAUUACAAUUUAAUUUAAAUUAUACCCAAAAUAACUCCAUUCCAUUAAAUUUUUUAAACAUUGCAAAUAAUCAAUUAGAAUCAAUUUAUUUAUCAAAUGCUGUAAACUUACAAACAUUAGAUAUCUCACAUAACAAAAUUAAAUCAUUGACAAAUUGUAUUCUAAAUUCCAAUCUAUUAUUUGUAAUAUAUGCUUCUUAUAAUAAAAUCAAUGAUUUUGAUACAUCAAAUUUAAUCGGGUUAAAAUAUUUAAAUUUAUCAAAUAACAACAUAGAAUUCAUAAAUUCAACAACGUUAACAACAUCAUUAAUUGAAUUAGAUUUAUCAAACAAUACAAUUAUAUUGCAAUCAAAUAUGAAUGAAACAGGUUACAUAAAAAACAGUCUUAAAAAUUUAGAGGGUACAACAUCGUUACUUUUACAUAAAUUUGAGGAAAUUGAUGAAUUGCAUGACAUAAAACAUGAUGUUAAAGCUGAUUCAUUAAUCGAAGCACCAACUUUUACAACAGAAUACUACGAUUCUGAUUUUUCUCUUAUAUUUAUUGGUGAUGAAAACGUGGUGACGUUAACAUACGAGAAAUUCAGAGAUUCAAUAGAUAAAGUAGUCCGCAUAUCCGAUGAAGUGGAACAACCUAUAUCGUUAUCAUCAGUUUUUAUUACACGAAAUAAACAACGAAUUUAUCAAUACGAUUGUGAGUAUCAUUACAGACGUUGGGAAGAUUGUGAGCAAAAAAACACCGAAUGUGAAUUGGAUGCCAAAUCUCAUGAAGAGUGUAUUCUAAGCGAUAUUACAAAGGCACCUGUUUUAAUUUUAUUAGACAUAUCAAAUGGUCAUGUACAAAAUUUACAUUCAAAUACAUUUGCAACGGCUUCGGAGUGUUUACAAUGUCUCGUAUUAAAUUCAAACGAGAUUACAAAAAUACCAAAAGAGAUAUUUUCUUCAUUAAAUAAUUUGGAAUAUUUAUAUUUAAGUCAUAAUAAAAUCACUGAAUUGAAUAUAUCGCCAUUAACACAAUUAAAAUAUUUAAAUUUAUCAAAUAACAACAUAGAAUUCAUAAAUUCAACAACGUUAACAACAUCAUUAAUUGCAUUAGAUUUAUCAAACAAUACAAUUAUAUUGCAAUCAAAUAUGUUUGAAUACUCAUCUAACUUGGUUGAAUUAUUUUUAAAUAAUAAUGCAAUUAAUGAUGUACCUGUAAAUACAUUUUAUGAAGAUUAUAAUACAACAAAUUAUUUCAUACAAGCAACAACAGAAGAAUCAGUUGUUAUCAAUACUCAUGUAAAUAAAGAGAAUUAUCUUCGAGAUAUGAUUAAUUUAACUAAUCAACAGGAACAUUUAUCGUCUGUUUUGUUAAAUAAUGAUUCAUCCUUGAAUCAAUUUCAAUAUGAUUAUAGUAUUAAAUAUAAUAAUGAAUCAAUGCCACCAUUAUUUUCAGCUUUAUUACAAAAUAUUAAUAAAAUUAUUACAAAUAAAACUGAUGAAAUAAAGGAAAGUCUUCAAAAAUUAGACAAUACUACAUCGUUGCUUUUGAAUAAAUUAGAAAUAUUUGAAAAAAAAGAUGUAAUUAAGAAACAUGAAGUUGAUGGAAUAUAUAUAGAUGCAGAUUUGUCACCUAUUAAUGCCUGGUGA